AUGAAUCUCUUGUUGAAUCUCAUUCUCAACUUGACUGAGCGUGAGGCAGUGCAGGAGUUGAGGGACAUUCUACGAGAAGAGAGGAGUAGUAUAGAUAGUUUACAGAUCGCUGAACUUCUUCAGCGAUCCUUGAUUGUUUUAGCCGAGGUUUGUCAACCGUCGUAUCAAGGAUCGCUCUUACCGACGACCCGUGCAAACCUCGGAGAAGUUCGAGAUUGUAUGCAGCCAGAGAGGAGAGUUACAAGAAGUAUGAGUAGACCAGGAGAAACAGUAGAGGAGACGGAGAGGAGGAUGUUGGAGGAAUUAAGACAAAGCUUGGGACCAUUGCCUGGUGCAAUUGAUACCCCCGAAGGAUCAACUCAAGGCGAUGAUUUCUAUCCACCCCUGCCUUUUGAACCACCUCCCCAACAAACCGGACUACCAGAACCACCAGCGGUGAGGACAGGUUCCGAAGAUUCGGGACAGACCCCACGACCAAGGGAAGGGAACACAGGAGGUAGGCUAAGUUCGGCCGGGAGCGAAGUAGUAGGAGGAACUGAGGAGGAGGUCACAACACAGAAGAUGAUGCUGGCAAUAAUCAACAUGAUGAUGGAGAUGAAUAAGGAUAUGAUAGCAGAGAGGAAGCGUCGAGAGGAGCAGGAGAAGAAGAAGGAACAGGAGACGGUUGGGGGAAUAAUAGAGGGCGUGCAGCCUAAGGGCACGAACGGGGGAAGGGCGAUACCAACGGAUGUAGACGAACUAAAUCGUCGUUGGCCGAGACCCAGUGCUGAUGAGGUUUUAAAGCGUCGAGAGGAAGGGAAGUGUACUGGAUGUGGAGAGAGAGGGCAUUAUAACCGGGAUUGUCCUGUAAUAGCGGCGAAGGUCAAAGCAGGGAUCAUCCCCUUGCGAUCUUUUGGACAAAAUGCUGGAGGAGAAGGGAGAUUUAGCACGGGGGGGAACGCCGUCCCUCUUGGGGACAGGAAGAAGAUCAAUGCUGUCGGAAGGGAGGAAGCAUGUGUUGAAGAGCGGGGGAUGGACGAGGAGGAAAAAGAUGGGGACCCGUCGCGGUAG